CGGAAGUUAGGUUAUAAAAAGCGGAAUACAACAACACACGUAAUUUCCGGUGUCGUGCAACCGCGGAUUUUUGAAAAUAACUGUCUCUACGUCCAAGCAAUACUGACAAUAAACGGUCUUCUGGUUGUCUUUUGAUGAAAACUGAUAUCAGAGCAUCAUGAUGUCCAUUACUGACCCAAACAUGAGUGACAGGUUCACCAGUGAAAUGGAGGAGAUCCACAGUAAACACCUGAAAACCUACGCUGACAUUAUCGACAUGACCACCGAGUUGUCCCUCUCCCAUAAACAGCUUGUAAAGUCGGCGUUUGAAACAUGCUUGAAGAAAUGCGCAGAUGAUGAGAAGCUAUUUGAGACAAUAAAGACGUACAAAAAAGAUCUGGACCAAAAAAGUGUGGCACUUAAAGAAAAACAACAUGCUAUUUCUGAUAUGAUGUCUGAAAUCCAGGAGAAAGACACAGAGAAGGAAAAAAUCAUUCAGAAAAUAGAGAAUCUCAAAGAAGAGCAAAUCAAGAGAAAAGAAAUUAUUGAGAAUCAAUAUAAGGCAAACAAAAAACGUCUGAGGAACCUCCAGAAAGCCAGACUGGUUUUUCAGGAUCAUUUGGGACUUGAGAUACGAACAAUUCUCAGCAAAGCACAAGCUGCAAAAGGUGAAAAGUUGCAGUUCGUUUAUCGAAACAUCAACCCGUCUGACCCGGAGAGCGCUUACGUCAUCACAAUGGGGAUCAAAGAAAAUGGAUCAUACCAAAUUGUGUCCAGCGAUCCAGUUCUCGAGUGUUUGUCAGACCUGGAAACCCGACUUCAGGAGACCAAUAAUUUAGCAGCAUUUCUAGCGAACGUCAGGAAGGAAUUCAUCAGUCAAGUACGCCGCUGAAACGGAAUUGUUCAUGACAAAACGUGGCGUAAAGUUUUCACAGGUGGAGGAAAUGAAGACAGUGGAGAUUUUAUUACAUCUUUUAUAUCUGCUGAACAAAGUUUUAGCAGUUUAAUAAAAUAAAAUGCACACAGUUUUACAAAUAUA